CCCGGUAGCCCCCACUGACAGCAUGUGUGUAACGGACAUUAUCCGGACCUUGCACGCCGGUUCUCCAUCGGCGGGGAGUCACGAAACUGCAGAAAUUUCUCCAUGGCGAAUUCCCGCUUGCCGCCAUCCCGACAUAACCUGGCUCUGCAGACCAGUAACAGCCAUUGAAGUACAUUGGGGGUUGCAAGAAAGGCCACCGCGGGUUUGCUGCUUUCUGAUUUCUCCCUUGUUGCUGCUCUUUGCCUGAGAUUUCCCGAUCCCCCACAGUCAAUCUCAUCGUUUCAUGUUCCCGGAGGCAUUCCAUCCAAUCCCGGCUACGCUCCAAAUCAAGUUGAGCAGCGUUCCAACAAACGUUCUUGACAAAGUUCCAUCGAAGUCAACCAACCGGCACAAACCAUGAGCAACCCGCACUCCCGGCCCCGCUUGUCAGAUGAUGAAGUCGGCAGAGCACGAGCCAACCUUCCGAACCCGGCAUCACCGCCGCCCCCGUACUACUCCGACCCGGACACGGAAUCUGCCGCCGCGGCCGCCGCCAUAGCCGCCCCUCGCGAAGACCAACCCCUCCUCCGCGAUCCAGCCGCCGCAGUCGAGGCCGGCGAGUCAUGGAAGCCUCCACGAGGGUUCCUCUGGAUCGAGCUCGCCAUCAUGGCUAACGUCUUCCUCUACGGGUUCGACGGGACCAUCACGGCGGCGACGUACGCCGUCAUCAGCUCCGAGUUCGACGCCGCGAACACGGCGAGCUGGCUGACGACGUCGUACCUUGUCACGAGCACCGCGUUCCAGCCGCUGUACGGGCGUUUUUCUGACAUUUUUGGACGGAGGGUGUGUUUCUUUGUGAGUAGUAUCACGUUCGGGCUGGGUUGUCUUGGCUGCGGGCUGGCGGGUGAUGUGGUGCUUCUCAACUGCAUGCGCGCGUUGACUGGGUUCGGAGGCGGUGGCUUGAUGACGAUGGCCACGAUUGUCAACUCGGACAUGAUCCCCUUCCGCAAGAGAGGCAUGUACCAGGCCCUUCAGAACGGCAUGUUCGGCUUCGGCGCCGUGGCCGGUGCUUCGUUCGGUGGCUCCAUUGCCGACCACAUCGGCUGGCGCUGGUGCUUCUUGCUGCAGGUGCCCGUCUCCGUCAUGGCGCUCGCUCUGGGGGCCCUGGUGAUCAAGAACCCCGAGGGCGGGUUUGAUAUCGACACCAACGACUGGAGAGCAAUCUGGUCGAGGGUCGACGUUUCUGGAGCGCUCCUCCUCGUCGUGGCCAUCUCCGUGCAGCUUGUCGGCUUGAGCUUGGGCGGCAACGAGCUGCCGUGGGGUAGUCCCGUCGUCAUUGGCACGCUCGUUGGCAGCGUGCUGUUGUUGGCGUUGUUUGUGCUCGUUGAGGCGCGGACGACGGCCAUUCCUGUUAUUCCACUGAGGAUGCUUCGGGGAAAGUUGCCCAUUCUCACGCAGAUUUCCAACGUUUGCGCAGGACUCGCGGCGUAUGCGUACCUUUUCAUGCUUCCGCUCUUCUUCCAGGUAGUGUUGCUCGAUUCGGCGACCAAAGCCGGCGCGAGAUUAGCGAUUCCAUCGCUUGCCACACCCCUCGGGGGUCUGUUUGCAGGCAUCGUCAUGUCUCGCUGGGGCAAGCUUAUCUGGCUCGUCCGAGCUGGCGCGUUCCUGAUGCUGUUCGGCAAUACACUCGUCACUGCCCUCCAAUUCCAGGAUUCGCAGUGGAAGUAUCUCGUCUACAUAUUUCCAGCGAAUUUGGGUCAGGGUAUCAUCUACCCGGCAAUUCUGUUCACGACUUUGGCCUCGUUUGACCACGCCGACCACGCCGUUUCAGCUUCGACAGUGUAUCUCGUUCGCUCUCUGGGCACAGUAUGGGGCGUGGCGAUAACUUCUGCCAUCGUGCAGACAACGCUCAGCGUGCGGCUACCCGAAGCCCUCGGCGACAUUCCCGACAAAUCGAGACUCAUCGACGAAAUUCGGCAUUCCGUGACAGCCCUCAAGACCCUCCCGGUCGAGGUGCGCUUACCCGCUCGUCAUGUCUACUAUGAGGGCAUCCAAUAUGCCUUCGCCGCCUCUACUACGUUUGCCGGAAUCGCCCUCAUCGCCUCACUUUUUGCGAGCCCGCGCGGCCUGCGUAGCACUCACAAGUAGACUAUCGCCGGACUGAAAGGGUUGACUGCAUCUUCAACGCUCUGUUAUACAGUGGGACUUUGUCGGCAGACUCUAGGGAUGAGAGUGUCGAAGCGCGAUGAUGUAUAUCAAUGUAUAUAACCUCUUCGAAAAAUAUACAUUGCAAGAACUCAAAGCAUGGUUCAAGGGACACUUAGACCAGUAUCUACUAAGAAGAUAGCUGAUUAAUCGCAACUCAGAGACCCUCUAGAUCUAGCGUACACAGAAAAUUUGUGAUACACGCAAUAUUUCCGAUUCAGCGAAACGAUCAUGCCAAUUUCAAUUCUCUUGGAGACGAGGUGGUAGGGUUGAUUUGCUUAGGUCUCUCUUCCAGCGCCUUUCAACGAUUGUACGUGCCGCUUACUGGCUUAUCAAUGGCAUCG